UCAAUAUUUGAUUUAAAUAAAAAAAAUAAAAAGGAAUAAAUAAAUAAACGAAGGAACCCAACAUAACACUGAACCUGUGCAGCCGACGCUAUUGCAACGGACGCACCAUUACACUGAAUCUGUGCAACGCUCAUGAAACAAACGCACCAUGGUUGAGCUGUCAGUUUUUUUUCCACUCGCGCGUGUUUGAUCGUGUCCGUGUCGGUGUUGGCGGUGUUGGCUGUAUCCUCGUGAUUUGGCAACUUUUGGCGUUAGUCAAGGUGUCCAACGAGCAGCCGAAGGCAAUUGGACAGAUUCGCUGAGGGCGGAAUCGGGUCCGCUCCGCAAGGCGAAAAGUUUUCAGCAUCUUUGUAGUGAAGCUGUUUGUUUGCGGAAAAAUCUAACUUGAAGGAGGAAUACGACUGGAACUCGUCUAGUUCGUGCGAGGACGGCCAACAUGGAAAGCUGGCGCCGAUCUCGGCCGGAUGACGAACCAAGUACGACCGACUGGCGCAGUGGUUCCGGAACUGGCGGUGGGGCAACGAACUGUCGACGAGUCUGUCCGGGUCUAGCUUGCGGGACAAGUGGUCCAGGUCAACGAGUUGGCGCGAAGAGGAGAGUGUCAUAGGCGAUGGGCCUGGAGGGCGGCCACUGCAUUCGUCGUCAGCGGGCGGUGGCUACAAUCCUCGGAUGUCGGCUCUGAGUGGCGGAGAUCUCAACACGAGUGAAGGACCGGAAGGUGGCCUACGGCGUCACUGGGACGCCGAUGAUCAACUGCCGGAGUGGGCCACGGAGAACCCGUCGGAUUACGGAGGUAGCUUCGACGCGAGUGGACCAUUCCAUGACUCGGACAACGGCAUUGACGGGCGGCUGGAGGACGAUGGCGGGAUGGAGAAUCACGUGGAUCAUCGCUAUCACCAUCAACGCAAGGAAGGUGUGUUCGGUGGCAGUUCACGAAGAAGCGCCCCAUCGUCCAAGGAAGGUAGUGCCGCGAAGGAAGACUUGCCCAACCAUGCUGCGUUGUCGGCGAAAGCCUCGGAAGAGGUGGACCCCGGCAGCAGAAAGAAGUCUGAACCGGUACGGAACGCUACGGCGGAUGAAAAGCCUCCAAAAUCCAGCGAAUCGGAAUCCCGGCGUCCGAGAUGGCGUUCCCGGCGUCCCGCAACUGCUGCAACUAAUCCCGGUCGCCGACAGGAUCCCGUGGUUUCUUCAAAAACAUCUUGAGCUGAAAAGUGGGACGAGUUGGCAAGGUUGCGAACCCGUUCCCGGUGUUGAAUGACCAGAUCCAAUGAGUGACCGAUCCGGAAGAGCGACGAGGAGUGCUUUUGUAAAAACGUGAGUAUUGGGAGGGUGGUUAUUUUUUUGCUUGGAAACUUUUACAUCGCAGCAACACUCAAUUUUCAUUGUGGAUCAUUGCGAUAUAAAUCUGAUUAGAUUUUUACUCGAUGUUGUUUUUAGGCGUAUUUCCACCGUGGAUUAUGGGGAGCUGCUCGUUAGCGCUCAAGGUCAACCUUCGAAAGCAGCAGCAGAUCCGGCACCAGCUGUGCUGAAAUUAGGAAAUGAGGAAAUAAGGAAAAUAGGAAAUCAGCAAAUUAAUAAUUUUAGAAUUUUAGAAUUUUGGAAUUUUAGAAUUUUAGAAUUUUAGAAUUUUAGAAUUUCAGAAUUUUAGAAUUUUAAAAAUUUACAAUUUUAGAAUUUUAGAAUUUUAGACUUUCUGAAUUUUAGAAUUUUAGAAUAUAGGAAUUUAAGAAUUUAGGAAUUAGGGAAUUUAGGAAUUUUUGAAUUCAGGAAUUUAGGAAUAUAGAAAUUUAGGAAUUUCAGAUUUUAUGAAUUUAGGAAUUGAGGAAUUUAUGAAAUUUUGGAAUUUAGGAUUUUGGAAUUUAGGAAUUUAGAAAUUUGGGAUUUUGGGAAUUGAGUCAUUUAGGAAUUUGGGAAAUUAGGAAUUUAGGAAUUUGGAAAUUUAGAAGUUUUGAAGUUUUGAAGUUUUGAAGUUUAGAAGUUUUGAAGUUUAGAAGUUUUGAAGUUUAGAAGUUAAGAAGUUAAGAAGUUUAAAAGUUUAGAAGUUUAGAAGUUUAGAAAUUCAGAAGUUUAGAAGUUUAGAAAUUUAGAAUUCGGGAAUUGAAGAAUUUUUGAAUUCAGGAAUUUAUGAAAUAAGGAAUUUUAGAAUUUAGGAUUUCAGGAAUUUAGGGAUUUAGGAAUUUAGAAAUUUGGGAAUUUAGGAAUUUAGGAAUUUGUGAAUUUGGGAAGUGGGAGUGGGGUCUCGUGGCGCAGGGGUAGCGGCUUCGGCUGCCGAUCCCGAUGAUGCUAUGAGACGCGGGUUCGAUUCCCGCCUUAUCCACUGAGCUUCUAUCGGAUGGUGAAGUAAAACGUCGGUCCCGGUUUCUCCUGUCUCGUCAGAGGCGCUGGAGCAGAAAUCCCACGUUAGAGGAAGGCCAUGCCCCGGGGGGCGUAGUGCCAAUAGUUUAGUUUUUUUUUUUAGAAUUUGGGAAUUUAGGAAUUUGGGAAUCUAGGAAUUUAAGAAAUUAGGAAUUUAGAAAUUUAGAAACUUAGAAAUUCAGAAAUUUAAAAAUUUAGAAA